GCGGAGGGGGAGGUGGCCGGCAGCUUCUCCCGCGUCCGCCAUUUUGUUGCUGUGGCUCUUGGGAACCGGCUAGGCAAAACCGCCCUGGAGGCGCGACGCUCCUUGGAGUUUGGUAUUUGGUGUAGUAGCUGGGGUCGGUGCAGAGCCGUAGGGGCGCGGAACCGGUACGCUUCAGGCCAGGAGUGACUGGAGGCAGGCACUCCCGGUACGCGGGGCAGCCCGAGAACCCUGGGGCGGCCUCCGCUGCGGUUCGGCUUCGCCCGCCGCGACCUCGGGCUCUGCCCCGGGUUCCCUGAGCCGGCUCCUUCCGUGAGGCGGCCCCGGAGCAGGCGGGCUAAAGUGGAGGAUGCUGUGGGGUCGGAGCCGAGAGGAAGGUGCUGGCUCGGCCCUCUAAGCACGUCUCGAAGUGUGCCGAGAGGCCCUUCUUCGGCCCCAAAGCCGUCUGCCGGGAAUAGGUGUCCAGAGCAGGCGAGAGCAGCCGCCGCCCCGACCCGCCCCACAGCCUCGGCCCGACACCAUGUCCUCCGCCAGGUUCGACUCCUCUGAUCGCUCCUCUUGGUACAUGGGGCCAGUGUCUCGUCAGGAGGCGCAGACCCGGCUCCAGGGCCAGCGCCACGGAAUGUUUUUAGUCCGCGACUCCUCCACCUGCCCCGGGGACUAUGUGCUGUCGGUGUCCGAGAAUUCGCGGGUCUCCCACUACAUCAUCAACUCGCUGCCCAACCGCCGUUUUAAGAUUGGGGAUCAGGAGUUUGACCACUUGUCGACCCUGCUGGAGUUCUACAAGAUUCACUACCUGGACACCACCACCCUAAUCGAGCCCGCACCCAGGUAUCCAAGCCCACCAAUGGGAUCUGUAUCAGCACCCAACCUGCCUACAGCAGAAGAAAAUCUGGAAUAUGUACGGACUCUGUAUGAUUUUCCUGGGAAUGAUGCUGAAGACCUACCCUUUAAAAAAGGUGAGAUCCUGGUGAUAAUAGAGAAGCCUGAAGAACAAUGGUGGAGUGCCCGGAACAAGGACGGCCGGGUUGGCAUGAUUCCUGUCCCUUAUGUUGAAAAGCUUGUGAGAUCCUCACCACAUGGAAAGCAUGGAAAUAGGAAUUCCAACAGUUACGGGAUCCCAGAACCUGCUCAUGCGUAUGCUCAACCUCAGACCACAACUCCUCUACCUGCGGUUUCCAGUACUCCUGGGGCAGCAAUCAACCCUUUGCCAUCCACACAGAAUGGACCUGUCUUUGCAAAAGCCAUCCAGAAAAGAGUACCCUGUGCAUAUGACAAGACUGCCUUGGCAUUAGAGGUUGGUGACAUUGUGAAAGUCACGAGGAUGAAUAUAAAUGGCCAGUGGGAAGGUGAAGUCAAUGGGCGCAAAGGGCUUUUCCCCUUCACUCAUGUCAAAAUCAUUGACCCUCAAAACCCAGAUGAAAAUGAGUGAUUGCCAUUGCCCUGUUUUCUGCUGCUUCAUUGUUCUGCCUGUCAUAGUCCUUUCAAUGGAAAAGCAUCCUAUUUCAUAGGCAAGUUACACUGCAUUGCCGACGUCCAGCCUUCUGCAGACUGGCGGUCCCAUACGCAUUUGGAAUGCACACAGUGGCUGCCUUCGCAUUUGUAUCAUAGUUGUAUUGUCAAAGAGUAGCAGAUUUUAGAGUUCCUUUGGAUCAUAAACUGGAAAUACUGGUGGAAGCACACACGUCAAGAGGAGCUGACAAGGCAAGGGUCCUUCUCAUCACUGCCCUGUUGUACAUGUGACUGUUUCUGUCGUGUUCAUCAGAGAAAGCUCCAGGCCAUGGUGAGACAUUGCACGUUGCUGUUCAACAAAACAGUGGUUGAAUUGCUAAGUUUGUUUUUCUUUAAAGAACAGAGCAAGUGAACGUUAAAGAAGAGGGAAUUCUAUCCUCAACUCCCCAAAUCUGGCUUUUGUCUUUUUUUCCUUUUGGUUUGAUUUUGAAAGACUUUAAUUAAUUAGAUGUGUGUGUUCUGAACAGGUUUUUAAGUAGCAGGUUGGAUUUUUGUGAUAUCACCAGGAGUGACACAUGCCUCUGAGUUUCUAAACUGGAGGUACUGUACCUAGAAGAAAUGAAAAAAGAAGAAAAACCCUGAAGAGGAGGCCUUUAUUGUCUUGGUUGGUGGCAGAAUCUUUUUAGCCAUAUAGCAAACAACACCCAGUACCCCAAAACUCAGCAGUCACGGUGUGCCAAGCUGUGUGGGCAGCCUUUUAGAUUUGCAUUGUCCCCCAAAGCAAUAGUGUGGAGGGCGAUUUGGGGGAACCUUUGCUUUCACCUUGUUUGUCAACGAUAGGAACAUUUGGGGAGAGGGCACUUGACCAGUUUUUUUGUCUUGGGCUUCAGUGAGUGUACCCUUUUAAAGUAUAGGACUUAAGUUUCUUUAAAAAGGGAGGUUGUUCAUAGAAUCAUUGAAUUCAUUACUUUAAAUUCUACUCUCUGAAGCCCAGCCCUCCUUGCCCCAGCCCAGGCUCACCAGGCUGCCAGAGAAAGAUGGUGCUGCUGAUACUGGUUCCUCUGUCUGUGUGCUCAUGAUACUCCCAAGCAAAGAAAGUGCAGACUGUGGACAUUGGUUAGUGUAUUUGAUGUCUAAUGUUUUAGUGGCUAGGGAGAACCAUUAACCAAUUUACCAUUAACUAUUUACCAGUUUGAUGUUAAUUUCCCUGUUACCUGAAAGAGGCCUCUUCGUGUAAGCCAACUGGUACAAGUGGCUAAGGCAGACUAGAAUUAUGGAACCUUUUUGCAUUUCAACCUGCUGUCACUUCUGGAAACUGAUGAUGACAGGCCUCAGCUUAUAAAGAAUACAGCAGACCUGGAGAUGUAGCGGUGACCUAAUGAGCAUCUCUGUGUCAUUUACGGAAUGUCUGCUAUAUCUGUUUGUCUCCCAGAGGUCUUAGGUUUUGAGCAUUAGAGCAAUAUAUUCUGGUAACAGAACUAGCAUAACAAUGAAAAAAUUUUUUUAAUCUGUAUUCUGUCAGGCAGGUUACCACCAUAUUAAAGAAUCUUGAGAGUGCUCCUAUGCGACAGAAUUAAUGGUCAGUUGGAAAAAAAUUACACUGUGGCUGCCUGUCUGUACUUUUCCUAAAAGAAGAUAGCUAUUGGCUCUUCCUAAUCAAGUGAGAACUGUGGGCACCUGUGGCUCUGAAGGUACUCAUCCAUUGCAGUUGCUGCUUGUUCUUAGUUGAGGCCCGGUGACAAGUGACACGUGCAUGGAAGGACCCCCACACUCUGCCUAGAAACUAGCCUUGCGGCUAGCGCUCCAGUACUUGAGGGGUGUUUAGCAGAAGGUAGAAUGUGUGCCCGUUAACUGGGGGGCUUGGCACCUCUUAGGACAAUAGUUGGCCCAGAACACAAGAAGUAGAACGGCCGUUUUGGAAAGCAAGGUUUUCUUUCAGCCAUGUCUGCUGACCAGUAUAGCAGACCCACAUUAUGUGGAGCACUUCAGAAUCAGAACACUCACAGCCUAGGUUUGGCUUCGUAGUAAGUCUGUCUGCUCACCACUUCAGCCCACAUAUGUGUCUCCAGGACUACCCUGGAGACUCAGAGCAUCAAACAGGGUGAGCCUUGAGUUCUGAACUCUCAAGAUACGUGCCAAAAGUAGCACCUUUUUGACCUAGACUCUUAGUAGUUUUUUAAUCAGGCAGGGAAAUUUUUCACACUAAACAUACAAAAAACAGCACCCUCGCCUUGGCUUUGUGAGUGGGUUCCCCAGCAGUCUGGGAAGAGUGCUUCAGAAAGUGAUGUGAAUCUUCCAGAAGGGCUUCCUUCCCUCCUGGGCACACUUCCCUUUUAGGACGGUUCAUUAUUGCUACUUGCUCUACUGUACUGCUUGUCAUUUAAGAAAAUAUUUGGAUGUUAAAUUAAUUCACUUGGGAAGUGAACAAGUUACGUACUAAAGGGCAUUGACAGUUGAUUCAGAACUUAUCCUGGGAAGGAUCUUCAACACAGGAGUCAUUUUUGUCAUUUAUGCACAGUGUGGUACCACCUUAUGACACGGUAACGAAGAGGAGGACACAUUGACUUCAGUCGCCCAGAAGAGACACCUUCUGUGCUCCCGGUUGGAAAGCUGAAAGGAGGGAAGGACAGCUGCUCCCUCCUCGGAGCUCACGCAUCCCUGGCACUGUGCUUUCUUUUACAGCUGUUUACAGAUGGGGCGGGUGGCGUGGGCGGCCGCUGCUCUUGUAAUGACUGCUCAGAGGAAAAUGAACAUUUUAUUUUUGAAAAGGGAUGAUGUGUUUUUUGUGCCAGGUGUUUAUAAUUUAAUCCUUUAAUAUUAUGUUCAUUAACUUCUUAAAAUGAGUGAAUUCUUGUUUUAACACAAUACCUAAGACUAAUGCUUUCUUGGACACCACUGAGCUCUGCCUCAAACUCUACCCUCCGGGACCGGAGACCAAUGUCCCUGGUAACUGCUGACAGUGUGGAUACCGAACUAAUUGUGCGUUCUAAAGGAGUGGAAGGACAGUUCUCUGUGGACAGGGUCGUUGUCUCUGCAGGAGAAACGGUGGCCUUGCUUCUAGACGGUCUUCACUGUGUGUUUUGAAACAACAAAAACAACACAAAACUCUUGACCUGUAACUUAAAGAUCGUAAACUUCAGGCAAUAAUAUUUUCUGUGUAAGCUUUUAAAAUUAUUUUUGGGGAUCAUAGCUUGUUUUAUUUUGUGCUAUAAAAUUAACAGUAUUAAAUGACUUAUAUUCUUAGAAUACAUUGAGUGUCUUUUCUUAACAGAUUAGUGCCUUUUUAUUUUUGUAUUUCAUUUUACGUUACUGGUUCUGGCAUCAGAACCCUUGUUUCCAUGGCCUGUUUGUACAUUGUCUCAAUAAAACUUGCAUCAGCCGGUGGUGGCAGCA